AUGUUGGAUACCAACAACACUCAUUGUUCAAACAAUGAUGUCAACACGAAGCCAUGGCAUCGAGAUUCAGAACCAAUCGCUGUAGUGGGCAUGGGUUGCCGCUGGCCCGGCGGUGUGAAUGACACGUCGGGACUUUGGGAUCUACUCAUCCAAAAAAGGACCGGGUUUAAGAAGUUUGGUGACCAUCGUUUCGAACUUGACGGAUUCUACCAUCCAAAUGCUGAUCGUCCUGGGAGCAUUGCCAAUGAAGGAGGGCAUUUGCUCGCGGAAGACCCAAGGUUAUUUGACCAUACAUUUUUUGGCAUGACCCCGUUAGAAGUCGAAACAAUGGAUCCGUCCCAACGCAAGCUCCUUGAGGUGGUUUUCGAGGCCUUUGAGAACGCUGGUGAAACAUGGGACAGUUUCUGGGGAUCCCGUACAGGUGUCUAUGUGGGCAAUUUCACAAACGACCACAGUAUCAUCCAGUUCCGUGACCCGGAUCAUCCACGACCAUAUGCUAGUACGGGCACCAGCACUAGCAUCUUGAGCAAUCGUGUCAACUAUAUCUUGAAUCUGCAAGGCCCAAGUGUAACGAUUGACACAGCGUGCUCUUCCUCAAUGUAUGCACUUCACCUCGCUGUCAAUGCCUUGAGAAAUGGAGACUGCGACGCUGCGAUUGUAGCGGGUUCAAACCUGAUCAUGGAUCCAGCUAUGCAACAGAUGAUGACGAAGCUAGGUGUUCUCUCUCGAACGUCCACAUGUCACACUUUUGAUGAAUCAGUUGAUGGAUAUGCCCGUGGUGAGGGAUUUGCGGCGAUUUACCUUAAAAAGGUAUCUUCGGCGAUUACAGACGAUUACCCCAUACGAGCCUUGAUCAGAGGGACUGCCAUCAAUGCCAACGGACGCACUGGUGGAAUUACGCAUCCGAGUCAGCAGGGACAGGAAGCGGUGAUCAAGAAAGCUUACGAAAACGCCGGCAAUCUAAAUCUUGACGAUACCACCUAUUUUGAAUGUCACGGUACCGGUACCCCAGUCGGUGACCCUGUUGAAAUCGCCGCUAUCAGCAAUGUCUUCUCUCACCAUCGAACGGAAGACUCGCCUCUACUUGCUGGAUCUAUCAAAACAAACCUCGGACACACAGAGUCCAGCAGUGCGUUGGCAGGUAUCAUGAAAGUGAUAUUAGCACUCGAGUCAAAUUUGAUCCCCCCAAGUGUCGGUAUCAAUAAACUCAACCCAAAGAUAGACUUUCAGGCGGCGAAGAUCAAGAUUUUGACUGAACCUACGCCCUGGCCGAAAGAUCAACUUCGCCGUGCUAGCGUCAAUUCUUUUGGGUAUGGCGGCGCUAACGGUCAUUGCAUCAUCGACCAUGUUCACUGCGUUCUGCCAAAUUAUCAACGUCGUCCGGAUACCCCACUGAGAUAUCUCAAUGGAACUGUUCUCGAGCACUCGAACGGGACGAGCACAAAGUCAUCUUGGCCAGUGCAUUACCCGCUGGAACGACAGCCAGUACUGCAGAAGCUUGAAAGUGGAGGCACUCCUCCCUCCGCUGUGCUUCUUCCAUUCUCUGCGCACAACGAGACGUCUCUACAACUCAACAUAGACAAACUGAAGCAAACGAUUGAAGGAAAAGACCUAGCUGAUAUUGCUUAUACGCUAGCCGUCAGGAGAAGCAAAUUCAGUCAGCGAACUUUUAGGAUCGUGGACAGUUCCAAUCCGACCGUCGGUCUCGAAAUAAACGAGAAUACAUGGACUAGUAAUCCGCAACCCCCAAAGGUCGGCUUUGUCUUCACUGGACAGGGUGCGCAGUGGCACAGUAUGGGCGCUGAGCUGUUUAGGUACAAUGUCUUCGGGAACGCGAUCUGUUUCCUAGAUCGCGUCUUGAGAGAAUUGCCAGACCCACCUAAUUGGUGCAUCGAGGACAUACUGAGAGGUCAUUCCACAGAAAGCAUUGAUAUGCCAGAAAUAUCUCAGACUGUUUGCUCCGCGCUGCAAAUUGGCAUAGUAGACCUCCUAUCAUCUUGGUCACUUAAACCUUCCGUAGUGGCAGGACACUCGUCUGGAGAAAUAGCUGCAUGCUAUGCGGCUGGACGAAUCGAUGCUGCUGAGGCUAUCAUUUCAGCAUAUAUGCGGGGUCAAGCCGUGUCAAGGAACCAAGCUGAUGGAUUAAUGUUGGCAGUUGGUUUAGGGUGCGAGGACGUUGAGAAGUACCUGACACAGUGUGGUGACAGAGUGCAGAUCGCAGCAAUCAACUCUCCUGGAAGUGUCACUUUAUCUGGAUCAGCCGCAGCGAUCAAGGAAAUCGCUGAUACGAUGACCGCCGAUCAAGUUUUCAACCGGGUUCUCAAAACAGGUGGAAACGCCUAUCACUCCUACCACAUGAAACCUUUAGGAGAAUGGUAUGAAAGCUCGCUUGUUUCGGCUCUGGAAAAUACCAAAAUUGCUUCAGUCAUCGCACUAGGACACAAAUACGCAAGUGUGCCAUGGAUUUCGUCCGUUCGGCCAGGAAAAGAAACGACGAAGCUCACUGUCGACGCGUCUUAUUGGCGUAGCAAUCUCGAGUCGCCUGUCGACUUCGCUGGUGCAAUCACGAAGAUGACGACCGCCGGUACUGGUUGUCCCGACAUCUUGGUCGAGAUCGGUCCACAUCCAGCUUUGAAAGGUCCUGUUGCACAGAUUCUCAAAAGCUCUGGGACCAACGCCCCUUAUCUUGCUUCGUUGAAGCGGGGUCAGGAUGGUCAGACAUGUUUGCUACAACUUGCCGGCUCGUUGUAUUCUGCUAAUGUUGACAUCAACCUCGUGGCUAUCAACUCAACCCAAAAGAUUGAAGGCAAAGACCUUAUCCUAUACCAUGGGCAUACAGCCGUUGAUCUGCCACCAUACCAAUAUUCAUAUGGACCUAUCGUUUAUCAUGAGAGUCGUUUCAGUCACGAGUUCCGUCACAGGAAUUCCGCUAGUCAUGACUUGCUCGGUGCUAAGCUUUCAGGAAAUACAAGGCUGCGUCCGCAAUGGAGGAACAUACUUCGACUAAAAGAUGUCCCCUGGUUGGCUGACCAUAAGCUGCUGCCCGAUGUUGUCUUUCCGGCGGCGGGAUAUAUUGCUAUGGCGGUCGAAGCUUCGUGGCGUACUUACAAAGAGUUGCCUAAUUCCUUGCCUCUUGUCACCACAUCACUACGGAACAUCAAAAUUUCAGCAGCCCUACGCAUUCCCGACGACGAUAAAGGAGUUGAGAUCAUAUUCACACUUGACGUUCCGGAUGGUAUAUCAGCAAAGAGCCCAUCCUGGAUGAAUUUCACCGUUACUUCUGUCUCUUCAGACUUUUCAACGUGGACUGAGCAUUGCACCGGGUCAGUCCGGGUUCAUGUCGAAGAUGUGCCUCCACCACAAGCAAUGUCAACAACUAUGGAUGCUCGCGUUGUGAGCACACCUGAAUGGUACCGCAAGUUUGCAGAUAUCGGUCUUGGAUACGGACCGGCAUUCCAAGGUUUAUCAAACAUCCACGCCGAUCCGGAUAUACACCUGGCUACAGCAACAGUCGCUCUUGAUACGACGAAAGAUAUGCUUUCAGAACAGUCAUACUAUCCAUUGCAUCCUGCUUCUCUCGAUGCUCUUUUCCAGCUUGCCUUGAUUGGAAGCCACGGUGGUCAGAUGGAAGAAGCUUACACUGCAUAUGUUCCUGUGCACAUUGACCAUUUGUACCUUAGACACGGCUUCACACAAGAUACUGGUGUUGGUAUAGCCUCAGGUGAACGGCUAGGACUCCGUGGGGCACACGCUAGGGUCCAGAUGAUCGAUCAAGCCGGCGAAGUUGUACUUGAUAUCCCACGACUGCGUUGCAUAUCUUACUCGGAAUCUGUUCGAGAAAAUCCUGCAUCUGCUAAACCUUUCUCUGCUCCCUUGACUAGAAUGGUCUGGAGGCCCGACGUCCGUCAUUUAUCUAAUCAACAGGCUGCUAUCUUGAUGCCCCCUCCGACCGAGAACUUGGACAAGAUACAUCUGUUCGACAUACUCGAAUGGAUGGGCACUUUGGUGGUAGCAGAAAUUCAAGACAUGAUUGCUGACGACUGCCGACUGAAUGACUCUCCAGAACAUAUCCAGAACUUUAUUUCUUGGAUCCAUCGACGCGCCGCAGACGACAAUCAGUGGACCAGAAAGGCAAAGCAACUUACGUCUUCCGACCGAAUGAACAUACUUCAUACACUUCUCAAGCAGGUUCCAGACUGCUCUGAUGUCAAGAUUGCAUGGCAUGUUUUCCAGAACAUAGACGACAUCCUGCAUGAGCGGAAAACUGGACUCGAUGUAGUUCUCGAGAAUGGUCUGCUGUCUGCUAUGUAUGAAGAUGGUUUCAUCAUGACCGGAGCUUAUCCCCAAUUGACUCGCCUUUUUGACCUGUUAGGGCAUUCAAAUCCUAGCAUGAAGAUUCUCGAAGUUGGCGCGGGAACUGGCGGCGCAACCCGUGUCAUUAUGCGUACUUUAAGAGGCGCUAACCAGAUCAAACGGUACAAGGAUUAUACAUUCACGGAUGUGUCUAGUGUGUUUCUUGCUGCGAGCCGCGAUCAGUUCUUUGACCACAGUGACAUGGAGUUCGGCGUCCUGGACAUUGAACAGGAUCCUUUAUCGCAGGGGUAUAAUGCCGUGUACGAUUUGGUUGUGGCGUCCGAGUGUCUGCACGCAACUUCUGAUAUGGCCAACACUUUGAGGAACUGCCGCAAGUUGCUAAAGACUGGCGGCAAGUUAAUUGUUGUCGAGAACCUCCGCACCGUUAUUGGCCAUGGCCUUGUGCUUGGGACUCUCCCUGGCUACUGGAGUGGUGUAAAAGAUGGUCGAACAGAAAGUCCAUUUAUGGAUGAAGCUCGCUGGAAAGAAGAGCUGGUCAAAGCAGGCUUUUCUGGGAUUGACAUCCUGCUCAAUGAUUAUCCGGUUCCUUACGCUACUGCAUGUACUAUCAUGUCUACCGCAGUCGAGGAGGAAUUUGUCAUCGCCCCAAAGACACAAGUAGGGUCCCACAUUUCGAAGAGUCUUCUUCUGGUACAUGGUGUUGCGGGAGAGAUGCUUCAACGAGUGACAUCCGAGCUCACGUCACGCGGAAUUCCUUUCACAACCACAACACUGGACGAGACUUCUCCCCUUCCUGUUGAUUUACGUACCAUAGUUCUGUUCGACGAGACUAACAGCCUUGAAGACCCAACCCAUCAACAUUGGACGCGUUUCCAGUCACUGGUUCAAUCCUCCAAUACCAUGGUCUGUCUUACGACCUCCGGGUUGCUAGAUGGAAAACAUCCAAACGGUGCAAUCAUCACGGGAGUGUUACGUAUCAUCGGAACUGAGAACCCGGCUUCUAGGUUCUUGUCUAUUGACGUAGAUCCUGACGCACUAAAUCAAUCAAACACGCACGUGGAGAAGUCGAUUGUCGACCUUGAGUCUACACUUCAUAUCGAACCUACCGAAGCAUUUGAGGAUCGAGAGUUCACUUAUCGAGACGGUAUGCUAUGGGUAAGCAGGGUUGUUCCAGAUAUCAAUCUUCAAGCCCAAGCGGAGCUAGCUCAGAUGCUACCAAGCUCUACUCAGCUGCUACCGUUCGACAGCCAAGGCCCAGUCCGUGCUGCUUUUGAAACACCUGGAAUUCUAUCGUCGUUGUAUUUCAAGCCAUACACGGAGAUGUGGACAGCCUUGCCAGACGACUUUGUGCAAGUCAAGGUUGCGGCUGUUGGUCUCAACUGGAAAGACCUCGCGAUUUCUGCAGGAAAAUUCGACAUGAACAACUUCUCUUCCGAAUUCUCUGGCGUAGUUGAACAGGUUGGGCCCGAAGCAGCUGGAAGAUUUUCUGUCGGUGAUCGGGUAUACGGCAUGGGCAAAGGUCAUUUCGGCAAUUAUCUCCGAACGCCCGCUGCAUACAUCCAGCACAUGCGUAGUGGCGAUGACUUCGUCAAAGUUGCCUCUAUGCCGCUCGUCUACAUGACAGCAAUAUACGCCUUCAUGUUUGCUACUCAGAUCAAGCCUGGAGAAAAGGUGUUGAUUCAGACCGCCACCGGUGGUCUCGGUCUUGCCGCUCUCCACUUAGCAAGGUCAAUGGGAGCCGAAGUUUUCGCAACCGCCGGUAGCCCUUCCAAGGUUCGCUAUCUUGUAGAGCAAAUGGCUAUCCCCAAAGAUAGAAUUUUCUCCUCACGACAUGCUGGAGACGUUGCUAAAAUCAGACAAGCGACUGAUGGUCAUGGCUUUGAUGUCAUUCUAGGUACAGCGACUGGAGACUUGCUCUAUGAGUCGGUUAAGUUGCUAGCGCCAUUGGGACGAUACAUUGACGUAGGUCGCGUGGAUGUGCAGAAUUCUGGAUCUAUUGGUCUUGAACUCUUCCAGAAAAGUGCCACAUUUUCAUCAUUCGACCUUGGUCUUGUCAUGGCAACUUCCACGCCUAUCGCUAGUGAAUUGAUGCGAAAUGUGGACAAGCUCUACCGUGAAGGCAAAAUCGGCCCAAUCCCAUCCAUUAUGGAAUCCGACGUAUCGCAGCUGGACCAAACCCUUCUUUCCAUGUCAAAGGGAUCACACAUUGGGAAAUUUGUUGUCACUUUUACCAACCCUGAAUCUCUGGUGCGGAUGGUUCCAGCUGCUCCACAUGCAGAAUUCUUACCGGAAGCUGAAUACAUAGUCACCGGCGGACUCGGUGGUCUGGCCCGAAGUAUCGUGGCAUGGAUGGCUGCGCGAGGAGCUCGACAUUUCACCUUGUUGUCUCGAAGCGGAGCAUCUAGCCCAGAGGCCAAGGUCUUCAUUCACAAUAUGGCUGACAAAGGUAUCAGAAUUGAACUGAUUGCCUGCGAUGUCAGUAAACUCGACCAAGUCUCUGAGGCUUUCAAAAAGGCCUCCUUUACGAGGACAGUGAAAGGAGUUGUUCAUGCUGCUGUUACCUACGUGGAUCUCUCUUUUGAUAAAUUCACUAUUGAAGAAUGGCAAGCUGGCUUAUCAGCUAAAGUAGCGGGAACAAAAGUAUUGCACAAAGUGACGAAAGAUCUUCCACUUGACUUCUUCGUCAUGACAACCUCCAUCACAUCAGUUGUGGCAAUCGCUACCCAGCCAGCUUACAUAGCGGCAAACAACUUUCAAGAUGCGUUUGCCCGCUACCGUCGUUCCAAAGGCCUCCCAGCGUCAACAGCUUCUUUCGGUCUUAUUACGAACGUUGGCCACCUCAGUACCAAUCAGACGACUCUCGCAGGUAUGGCCCGCAAUAAAGUACUUGGUGUCACCGAGUACAACUUUUUGCGCCUGUUUGAACUGGCGUUUCUGAACAACGAUAUCUGCGAAAAAGAACCGUCGGGCCGCCUUGGUGUGGUAAGCGAUUCGAUAACUACUAUUCCCAUUCUGACCUGCCUUGAUCCUGCAGAAAUGGCAAGAAAGAGCCAGCAAGCUGGUCCAGAAGCUGCAGGCGUGGAGCCACGAUGGUACACUGAUGGACGAGUUUCACUGAUCAUGAGGGCCUUUGAGGAUGCAAAGCGGUAUCAAAGCCGUACCAGCGAAGGACGAGAUGCCUCAGCUGAUGGUGACGCAGCCCUAACGCAGCUUCAGAAACAAUUUAACGAAGCUAUCAAAGCGGGACCAUCUGAGCAACAAGAAGUAGAGUCACUUGUUGCAAGUGCGAUCGUGGCUACUGUGUCCACUAUGUUGUUCAUUGAUGCGUCUUCAGUUGAUCCAGAUCGUACUGUAGCUGAUUAUGGGGUGGAUAGUCUUAUCGCUGCCGAACUACGCAAUUGGCUUAAGAAGGCAUUCCGUGUCAAUGUCAGCAUGCUCCAGCUCCUAGACACAAGCAUCUCAAUGAAGAAGCUUGCCAAUAUCGUUGUCUCUAGUUCUUUACUAUCUACGCAGCCUUCUGCAGACAGUAGGACGUUAGAGAAGUAA